AUGGCUUCCCCGCACACGCCUAAGUUGUCAAAAAACCUGCUGCACAUGAAGUUCAUGCAAAGAGGACUAGACUCAGAAACCAAGAAGCAGCUAGAAGAGGAGGAAAAGAAAAUGAUCAGUGAAGAGCAUUGGUACUUGGAUUUGCCAGAGCUUAAAGAGAAAGAGAGUGUCAUCAUUGAAGAGCAGAGCUUCUCAUUAUGCGAGAAUCUUCUCUACGGAAGAAUGUCAUUCAAAGGAUUUAAUCCUGAGGUUGAGAAAUUAAUGCUUCAGAUGAACUCGAAGAAUAAGGAUGAAGAAAUUGAAGAUGGAGCAAUGGCGCUUGACGUGUCAGAUGAAGAAAUGGCUAGACGGUAUGAGACCCUCGUGGGGACAAUCGGAAAGAAGUUUGCCAAGAAAAGAGACCGGGCCAAUUUUGAGGAAGAUGAAAAUGGGAACUUGAAGCCAACUAAAGUGAAGAAAGUGUUUUUAAAACCUCAGGAC